AUCGCGCAAACGUGGAUAAAGAGAUAUUGAGAUACCAUCCAUAGUGGAAAAGGAAAAUACACAUGCGUAUGCUUUUUUUUUUUAUUUUACACAAUUCAGGUUCAUUGCUAUGCACGCAUAAACCCGUAAACGAUGAUAAUCAAUGUGGCGAUGUUGAAAAAACUGAAAUGACUAGAAUGAUAAAGACGAACAUCUAAGAAUUAAUAAUCAGGCAAUAAAUAUAGGCGAGAAGGGCAAAAGAACAGCUGAUUGAAGAAUGCGGAUGAUCCAAUUAAACAAAUGUUGACUUAUUAUAAAUACCUACGACAUAAGAAAAUAAAAAAAAGAUGGGCAAAAAAAGUCAAGACCUUUUAGAAGCAGCCAGAAAUGGUAAAAUAGCAGUAGUUAAUAAAAUACUCGAACAGUAUUCUAAAAAAAGCGGACCUCUAUCAAGCUUUAGACGUAGCCCGAGCAUAAACGGCCAAGAUAUAAAUGGUUAUACCCCGUUGCAUCAUGCCUGCUUAAAUGGACAUUACGAAAUUGUGCGUCUGCUUCUUAUUUAUGAUGCUGCAAUUGACGUAUCCGACAUUAGGGGAUCUACACCAUUGUACUUGGCAUCUUGGGCCGGUCAUUAUGAAAUAGUAAAACUGUUGCUUUCCCAUCCCGUAAGGCCGGCUAAUCCGAACGCUCAGACAUUAGAUAAUGAAACACCUUUACAUUGCGCUGCCCAACAUGGAUACUGCUCCAUAGUCGCUAUACUUUUAACAUAUGGGGCAGAUCCCACCGUACGCAAUAAUAGUUUUCAAACAGCUUUAGAUCUGGCAGCUCAAUUUGGACGUUUACAAGCAGUACAAACUCUUUUACGCACUCAUCCCGAAUUAAUAGAAUCACUUCGAUUUUAUGAUGAAAUGGAAAAUGGCCAUGCGACACCUUACACUAUAACGCCCACUAAACAUAUAUUUACUCAUACUUGUUUACAUUUGGCAGCACGUAAUGGCCACAAAAAAGUUGUAGAAGCAUUACUGGCGGCUGGUGUUAAUGUAAAUCUUUUAACUCAUAAUGGUACAGCAUUGCAUGAGGCAGCUUUAUGUGGUAAGAAGUCAGUUGUGUACACUUUAUUGAAAUCAGGUGUCGAUCCAACAGCGGUCGAUGGUCAAGGACGUAGCGCUUUGGACGUUCUGAAAGAUUACCCGCCUCAUGUCACUUACGAAAUCGCAUCAAUUAUAAAGGGAUUUUGUUUUGAUAGUCAACUAAUGGAUAGUAAAACGCAUUUCGUGCCGAUUAAAGAGGUCAGCGAAGAUGCUGUUUUUGAAAAUAAAGACUCAAAGGAAAAUACGAUACAUCUAACAAAUUCCCUGGAAUGUUCUAAAUCACGAGAUUAUUAUACGCCUAUGGAACCUACUAAAGGACGAUUAUCUUCUAAUAAUUUGCGAGUUAAUGAAGCAACUCUGUUGUAUAAACCUGUAUAUAAACCAAUUUUACUUAGUAAACGUUUAGGGGAAUUACAACACCAUUUACCCAAAUUAAAUUUGCAAUCUUCAUCAUCGAAAGAAGAUCGUUGUGUAGAUGAAUAUGUCGAAAUGACUUUACCGAAUUCAAAUGUCAAUUUAUUACCACAAUCCUUACAUAGCCCAAGAGAUAUCUUGCACAACUCAUCAGAGUACACAAGUUUUAAUGUAACAAGAGCACAUACAGAGCACGAUAUUUCUCUUAAUGUUAAUAGCCGUGAUAAAAAAAACUUUGACAGUAACAACAAUAAUUGGGUAGCGACACGUAUGGUUCCAGUUACACCGGAAAUACCACCACCUUCUGUUAGCGAAGCAGAGAAUACUAUUUUCGAAUUUGUAAAACCGCCUGACGAUCAUAUAAGAAGGAGAUCAUUUCAUUUGGAAGAUACAGAUCCGCACUCUCUUAAUGAUCUAAAAUCGUUUAUAUGGGAAGGCCAAAAAGAACCCAGAGAAGACCAAGCUGAGUCAUUGAGUAGUUCCCGGGUAUCGGAAUGUGUUGAAGAAUUUGUGAGUGAGGUACCAUUCGCAGGUUUAUUUAAAGGUUCAUCUUUAAACCUAGCCAGUAACUCUCAAUUAAACAGUUCCGUUGAGGAUUUGUCUGUUGGCCUACGAUCACCAAAGUUAGUGCGUGCGACGGUUAAAACCAAGCGCGUUCUUAAAGUAAAGGAAACAAACGAACAAAAAAACGUUAAUAACGAUUUAGAUUUUGAUGCUGUCAAGGCGUGGGAAGAAAUUCAAACAAUUUUCGAAUGUAUAGGUAACGAAGUGAAGAAAAACGAUAAAAAAUUGAUAACAACGUCACGAAAUGAUGAAGCGCAAGCAUUCUUGCAUAAAAAAACACUGAGUAUACGAAAACCAGCAGAAUUACUUUUAAAAUCGAAUAAUAGCAAACAAAAAGAAACAAAUUCUAAUUGGUGUCAUUCAAACAAUAUUCUAAUCUACGGCUCCUUGACAUAUAAGGUGUUUUAUUUGGGUUCUACGGUUAUUAGAGAACUACACGGAACAGCGUCAACUAGAAAGUCCAUACAAAGGCUUAAACGUGGAGAAACCCCAAUUCUUUCGGAUAACGAAGAAUCGUCUUUAAUAAAAGACAUUAACAGUUCAACGCGUAUACUAAAGGAGACUAAUCAGCAAACGCGACUAGAAGUGGGUAUAGCACUAUCCCAUACUGGCGUACGUUUUGUAGAUGUUCAAACACAGAAUACAAUUAGUGUACAUGAUAUUGAGAAUAUCAAUUGUGUUUGCCAGGAUCCGGAUGAUUUGCGUUAUUUUGCUUAUAUAACUUGGGAGGAUAAUAUACAUUAUUGUCAUGUCUUUAUGGUCGAUAAUGUGGAUCUAGCUACCGAAAUUAUUCUUACGUUGGGGCAAGCAUUUGAAGUUGCAUAUCAACUUUCUAUAAUGAAUCAGCAGCAGAGUAUAGCCUGUUCUAGUUAUAUUGACAUUGUGGAUAAUAUUUAAUUUAUUAUUAUUUACGCGUAAGUGAUAUUAUUCAUUUUUCAUAAAUCAUAUUUACAAUCAAUUAAUUUAAAGUUACUUAUUUUAAACUAGUCCUAUGUUGCCAUUUAAAUUCUAUUUCGUCUCCUAAUAACCUAAAGAGUAUUUUUUUGUUAUAUCGACAAACUGAAAAUGUACAAGUUUAAAUGCUUUCAUUUAUAAUAUAAUUAACGACAAACAUAUAUUUAAAUAUUGUAGAUGAAACCAGAAACAUUAAUUUAACAUAAUAAUAAUCUUCAAAAGUUAAUUGAAUUGGUUUUUAGAGAUUAAUAAGAGAUUAUUAAGAGAUUAAUUAUAUAGAUAGUAAAUAAACGAAAAUUGCUUCAGAAAUACUUUCACAGCUUAUUCUAGAGCAAACAAAGCAAUCCUCUUGUUUCUAAAUUGAAAUGCUAAAUAAAUAAAAUUCUAAAAAGUUACGCGACAAACUCUACACGAAUUCGAAAUGCGAAAACAUCAACUGGAAUGAAUCGGCGACAGAAAGUUCCCUCAUGCCCACAAUCAACCUCUCAUAAUAAAGAAUCUUGGAUCCAAAUGAUUGACAAAUGUACACAGCAGAAAGAAUCCCAAUUUCUUUCUUUACCUAUUUAAAAAAAAAUUCUAGUAAUAAAACAAUUUUUUUUUGGUUGUUUCGUUGCUUUGCAAGCAAGCAAAGUAAGCAUGUAUAUAUAUGUACUAUUCAAACGUAUUUAGCAUUUAGCAAUAGCUUUUUACAUAUCUUGUUUUCUCUGUUUUUUGUAUAUAAGUUUUGUACAAAACUUCUCUUUGUUUGCAACUGUCUUGUGUUUACAUUAUUAGAUGCUACUAUUGAUUUGUGUAAUAAGUCCAUCUCUGUUCUGCAUACAUGUUGUAUAUGCAAGUUCUAUUACAGCUUUUGUACAAAAGUUCUUUCCUUACACAUAUCUUGUUUAUGCAUUACUAAAUGCUGUAUAAUUCUUAAUUGAUUUGUAAAAAUAUAGAUGUAAGAGAAUGCAUUUCUAUUGUAAUAUUAAGAAAGGCUCGACUUUUUAGGAAU